AUUUUUGAUAAGAUGUAUACCACGUUUUGCACCUUAUAUUCAUUUUGAUGUCAAAUACAAUUUUAUAAAAUGACUAGUAUUAAAUAUGCACAUGUGGAAAGCAAGGUGCGGAAAUAUAUUAAAGAUAUGAAAGAUCUAGAUGAAGCAGGACGUCAAAGACGUCGAUUGGAACAAAUUCAAUAUGAAACAGACAAAAAAUGUCACCCAGAAAAUCACAAUAAUGAUGAGAAACAGGUAAUUGAAAAAUAUUUAUAUGAUGACUUACUCAACAAAUAUAACGACGCUAAGGAUGAGAACAAAUUUCUGAAAAAGAUUGUGGACUCCAACAAAACAGUUGAUAUAAACGAUGGAUCUGGGAUAACCCUCAUUAAUGAUAGUGAUUUUGUGCACACUAAUAACUCAACAAUUUGCAGCAAUGACUUUUCACAUGCAUAUCAGUCAAUGCUAAACAACAAUGUCAAUCCUGUUGGGUCUAAUAAUAUACCAUAUCUGCGGUUAGAGGAUGCCGCUGAACAAACUCGUGAAUCCAACGGCAAAUCUAUUACUUUUAGUUGCCGGAAAACUUUUAAGAAAGUGUUGCGUAAAUUUGCUUGUACUAAAGGGGACGAAAGCAGCGAAAAUGUUGGAGAUACAACAAUCAAUAUGCAACCAUUAAAUACAAUGCCCAGAAUUCAUACACCUAAUGUUCAGAAAAGCUUUGCCAAAGGAGCCAACUUCACUUCUACGCCAGGAGCGAGCAUGCAAAAAAGAAUGUUCAAUUCUGCAAGGAAAGCAUCAGGCCAGAAGAAAGCCAAAGUUGUAUUUUUUGAAGAUAAUGGCGCCCAAGAUCAGUCAGCGCAAGCCAAACGACUUAUUCAAAACUUAAACGAAGUUAAAGAUUUUCUAGCUACUUUAUAAUAUUAAAUUAAGUUUUAUUUAUAUACUCACUAUAUGGAUUUCGAUUUAAAGUUUUGUGAUGGUAAAUUAAAUUAAUAAUAUUUUAAA